AAAUCGAUUGAACCGUGGGGGAAGGAAACGAGCCGGCUCAGCACUGCCAUUUCCACGCCAUGCAGACAACACAGGGCCUCCAGUGGGAACCGCAGCUCCCCAGACAUGUGGUUUCAAUAUCCAUAGGAGUCUGCUUAAUAGAUCACUCCCACCGCUGGGGGCUCACCGGGGACGAUGGAAUUUGAACUUUUGAGACUGACCGCGAAGUGAAAAAAAACAGAAAUUGGACAGACGGGGCUGAGAUGGAUGAUGAGGGAACAAAUCAAAACGCCAGCAAAUUGCAAGGAGCCGGAGGCCAGGCGUCUGCAAUGCCUCUAUCAAACUCACUGAUGAGAGACUUUGUUUCAGACUGGUCUCCUUUACAUGAUGCCUCUAUCCAUGGGCGUCUUCUUACUCUGAAGAAACUCAUCAAACAGGGGAGUGAUGUUAAUCUUGUUACAGCAGACCAGGUGUCUCCUCUCCAUGAAGCCUGCCUAGGGGGACAUGCUGCUUGUGCCAGUGUCCUGUUAAAACAUGGUGCUCAGGUGAAUGGAGUUACUGUCGACUGGCACACUCCAUUGUUUAGUGCUUGUGUCAGUGGCAGUGUGGCUUGCUUGAAUUUAUUGCUGCAGCACGGAGCCAGCCUACACCCACCCUGUGACUUGGCAUCCCCCAUCCAUGAAGCUGCUAAGAGAGGUCAUGUGCAAUGUAUCGAAUUCCUCGCGUCCCAUGGGGCAAAUAUAGAUCACAACAUCAAGCAUCUGGGUACUCCCCUUUAUGUAGCUUGUGAGAACCAGCAAGUGAACUGUGCCAAGAAGCUGCUGGAGUCAGGAGCAAAUGUGAACAGUGGCAAGGGCCUGGACUCCCCUCUGCACGUGGCUGCCAGAAAUGGCAGUAUGGAGCUGGUGAUGCUGCUGAUUGACUUUGGAGCAGACAUUUGGGUGAAGAAUGAUGAAAGCAAGAGGCCGAUGGAGCUGGUCUCACCUGGCAGUCCUGUGGGCCGACUGUUCCUGCAAAAAGAAGGGCCACUGUCCUUGAUGCAGUUGUGCCGCCUGUGCAUCAGGAGGUGCUUUGGACACAAGCAGCAUCAAAAAAUAACUGGACUUCUUCUGCCAGAUGAGCUGAAACAUUUCCUUCUACAUGUUUAAGGCCUUCAUGUUAAAAAUGGUGCCUUUAAUAACACAGCAAGGUUUGUUGAGGAAAGACUCUUUUUCUCAUCAGUAGUGUUGCCAAUGCCUGCAAUGUUAAUAUGUGAGAGAUGGUGGUCUCUAAUAAAGCCCUGGGUCCAAGAAGCACAGGACCGACCAACUUGCUCAGUCCUCACUGCCACUGCCCCCAGCAAAUCCAUCAUUUGGAAAGGAACAAUUCUGCAUGGUUGCAUGGUGACGCUUGGAAAUGUGACUUGAGAACACCCUAGAAAGCGUAGAAAAUGAGCAUAGAAUUUUAAAAUAGAUCCCUUGAUUUUCUGGCACAGUUUCAGAGGGCUCAUGGUUGACAGCCCCUUACAGAGAAAAUGCAUAUCCUGGACCAGCACUAACAGCUCUUCAUGUAUAUAUUAAGGAUACUAAGGAUAGCUACACCUUCUCUGUAAGCAGAGCUCAUAUGCCUGUCAUUUGUGAGGGCUGUACUCACACUACUGUACAGACAAGGAAAUGGAACCCAACUGAACCUACUUGCAAAGCAAGCAAGGUCCUUUGGCAGAAGUUACUUAUUUUCUAAGUAUAUCUCACUGUGGAUAGAUGAACACCAACCAACAAUCAUCUGCAUUUAGGCCAGCAUCUGAAACAUGCAUUUCUGCCAUGACAGCAAGUAGGUCACUGCUGAUGGCAGCUCCCUACAGUGCAAUCAUAGUGGGGAGAAUGUUUUUAAUCAUCCAUUAAAUUCACUUAUUACUGAUGGUUUGAGACAUAAGGGAGCCACACUUCAGAACUACACAUUUUCUCCUUGUAGCAUAUUAUUUUUCAAGGGCACAGGCUAACAGGCUAUCAGCUGCAGGCAUUGAGUGCUCCCCCUUUCUGCCCUGAAAAUUAGGUGAUAUUUCCUAAGCAUUUCUCAGCAUGCAUCAGAAAAACAACAGCUUUUAUCCCCUUUCCCACCCAAGAAGAGAGAUCAUCUUAAGAGAUAAUUUUUUUUCUUGAAGAAGUGCUCCCUCAUUCAUAGCAUUUUCCAUGGAAAUUGUGAUAAUAACACCUUUAAUAUGUGGCCAUAAAACAAACAAUGAAAAUACUGAAAUUAAAGUCCAUUCCAAGUUAAAAAGAUAAUGGAUAAUUUCUCCCUCCAACUUGGUUGCUGAGUUUCUGGCUCAGUGUAUGUGUGUCUCAAAAAAACAUGACAUAUGUGGUUCUUAUUCCACUGAGGUCAUAAGAAUAAAUAUUUCCUCCAGCUAAACUUUAACACUGGGUGUUUUCCUUUUCCUCCCACAAACAAGUCCUGCUGCCACAAAUCAAAGUGCAGUUAUGACCACUCUGUGCUCCUCCGGCUGCUCCACUGGGAAUAUUGGCUGCCGAUACAUGCAGGAGUGAAGAUGUUGAAGCCUGGCUUUUCUGCCCACCACCCUGCCCCCUCUUCAGCUUUAAACCAUGGCGCAUCUGCAUCACCUGGGAGCAGCAGCACACCCACCACUUCCCCUGAGGGUCUACCACCACGUCACCCCUACAUUGGAGGGGCAGGCCACAAACUUCAGCGCUCUUGGAGACUCUUCUUUUUCAUUUUGCUGUGGAGACUCCUGCAAGACUGGGCUUGGUGUCCAAAAACUGUGAUGACAUCAUUAACACCAGCAGUGAGAUAUAGAGAGUCCUCAUCUUUUAAGUGGAAAGACUGACAGUCUUCAAAUACACAAACUUAUUUUGACGUUUACUAGCGUGCCAGUGUGAGGUGCAAGCCUUCCUUUCGCACAUUGGAGGUUAAAGAGGAUGGAUGAAAUGCUACCUGGAUGCUUACAUUUGAUGCAAAUUACAAUUCAAAUCCUCGGCUGGACAACAUGACUGCUGGCAUCCAGUAUGAUGGCUUGGGUUUUUUUGUGCUGACCAAACACAAGUGGAGUUCUGUUGGUUUUGUGGGACGCUAAAUUGUACCCUAACAGAACAAAAAGACAAACCCAGUUAGGUCCAUAACUCUCCACAUUAGACACACCUAGAAACCUUCACUUAUCCAACCCCAUUCAUCACACAUAAUUUGAGCCAUGUAAAAAUUCACUAGCUGGUUUAAGAUGGCCUUCUAUAGUCUUUCCCUCCUGCUGGGGAAAAAAAGUAGACAUGUCUUCAUAGGCUGAAUAAAAGCAGGCAUCUUGGAUGUGAAAUGUGGAUUCUUCUAAAAUCAAUACCUGGCCUAAGCUGAAUGUGCAUUGAACAGCCAGGGAACAGACAACGAACCUAGUGCUUAACUUUGGAAGAUUAGUGUGAAGAAUCCCUGCUCUGGAGACACACCUGAAAGCUGAAGAUCCAGUUUAUUAUAUUUUAGAUGAUGAAUAAUGAUUUUUUUCCAUACUAAUUUUAUUAUUUACCUUUAAGCAUCUUCUGUUGUAACUUCAGCCAAUGGAUUCAUAGGAGUAAUGCUAAUAUCAGGAGAAAGUUGCUCCAAGAAGGUGGUGAGAGUGUUGCUUCUAGGUAGCUUUUCUGGAAAUUCUGUAGUGUGACUCUGUUUACUUGAGUCCCUCUGAUCAAGGAUUUUGUAUGCUCAGCUUGUAUCAUCACAGUAUGUUUGCUUAUUUAUUUUAACAUAAAUUGUGAUCAAAACCGACAAAUUACAGCUUUAUGCAUCAACAUUAUCCAGUUAUCAACUGUAAAAGUUGUACAAGAUGCAAACUGAAUAAGCUAAUUAUAGGUGAAGUUUGGACCUUUUUCUAUAUUUGAAACCAUCCCAAAUGUAACACAGGACUUGAAAGAUUGUCAGGAAUAUAUUCUUUGCUAUUAUUUUGUUGGCAGUUUAAUGGUAGUCAAAUCACAAUUCUAUAGGAUAUUUGCUCAGAAGUUAAUGGUUUAUACUUUAAAAAAAUUAAAUCAUUUUUUUAAAUGAUAGCACUAAUUUUGUGAAUUGUCUGAUACUAUGGAAGUUUGAACUGAACUCUAAUUGUUUGCAAUCCUGCCUACAGAUAGUGUACAGAAUAAUUCCUUCAAAUAGACCUAUGCUAAAGAUAAGACUAAAAUGACAAUACUAUGCAAAUCUUGCAUUUUGUUGUUUUAAGGUAGAGUUGGUCUCCUGCAAUUCUUUUUCUACUCACAUGAGGGGUAGGGAAAAGGAGUCAGAGAUUUCAGAAAGUAG